UUCAGUUUUACAGAAUUUUUGGAUCCAUUCCAGCGGGUUAUCCAGCCAGAAGAGAUCUGGCUGUAUAAAAAUCCUUUGGUGCAAUCAGACAACAUACCUACGCGUCUUAUGUUUGCAAUUUCAUUCCUUACGCCACUAGCAGUCAUUUUUGUGGUGAAAAUAAUCCGGCGAACGGACAAGACCGAAAUUAAAGAGGCUUUCUUAGCUGUUUCCUUGGCUCUAGCUCUGAAUGGCGUCUGCACAAAUACUAUUAAAUUAAUAGUGGGAAGACCGCGUCCCGAUUUCUUUUACCGCUGCUUUCCAGAUGGAGUAAUGAACUCUGAAAUGCACUGCACAGGUGAUCCAGAUCUGGUGUCUGAAGGCAGAAAAAGCUUUCCGAGUAUCCACUCUUCCUUUGCAUUUUCAGGCCUUGGCUUUACCACCUUCUACUUGGCUGGAAAGCUACACUGCUUCACGGAAAAUGGCCGGGGGAAGAGCUGGCGGCUUUGUGCAGCAAUUCUCCCACUCUACUGUGCCAUGAUGAUUGCCCUGUCCCGUAUGUGUGAUUACAAACAUCACUGGCAAGAUGCUUUCGUUGGAGGGAUCAUUGGCCUCAUUUUUGCUUAUAUUUGCUACAGACAACACUACCCUCCUUUGGGUAAUACAGCUUGUCAUAAAUCUUACGUCAGCCUGCUAGAUCAGAACUCUGUGAAGAAAGAAGAGAGACCUACAGCAGAUAAUGCUACUGGCCUGCCUCUAGAGGGAAUAACUGAAGGUCCUGUAUGA